AUGCUCCUGCGGCUGUUGGCCCUGCUCUGGAGGAGGGAGGGGGCUGAUGGCCAGAGGCGGCCCGAGAGGAAGGUCCAGGAUUACAGGCUGCAAGUGCACGGCUCAGUGGCCAUGCAGGAGCGUCUAUGUGUGCUCAUGCCCUGCAGCUUCUUGCACCCCCAGGACCAAGGGUCUGACUUUACCUCAGCUCUCGGCUACUGGUUCCAGGAAGGGGCCAGUGCAGACCAGGAUGCUCCAGUGGCCACAAACAACCCAAGUUGUAAAGUGCAGGAGGAGACCCAGGGCUGAUUCCACCUCCUCGGGGACCUCCGGGACUACAACUGCUCCCUGGACAUCAGAGAUGCACAGAGAAGGGACUCGGGGACAUACUUCUUUAGGGUGGAGAGAAGGCCUUAUGUGCAAUAUAGUUACCUACAGAACCAGCUCUCCGUUCAAGUGACAGCCCUGACCCACACACCUGACAUCCUCAAGCCAGGGACCCUGGAGUCUGGCCGCCCCGAGAACCUGACCUGCUCUGUGCCCUGGGUCUGUGAGCGGGGCACGCCCCCCAUCUUCUCCUGGACGUCAGUGUCCCUCACUUCCUUGGGCCCCAGGACUCACCUCUCCUCGGUGCUCACCCUCACCCCACGGCCCCAGGACCAUGGCAGUCCCCUCACCUGUCAAGUGAUCUUGCCUGGGGCCAAAGUGACCACGAUGAGGACCAUCCACCUUGAUGUGUCCUACUCUCCGCAGAACUUGACAGCAACUGUCUCCCAAGGAAAUGGCACAGCACCCACAACCCUGGAGAAUGGCUCAUCUCUUCCAGUCCUGGAGGACCAGUCCCUGCUCCUGGUCUGUGUUGUCAAUAGCAACCCCCCUGCCAGGCUGAGCUGGGCCCGGGGGAGCCUGACCCUGCACUCCUCAAAUCCCUUGAACCCUGGGGUGGUAGAGCUGCCUCAAGUACAGGAGAAAGAUGAAGGGGAGUUCACCUGCUGAGCUCAGAACCUGGUGGGCUCCCAGCAUGUCUCCCUGAGGCUCUCCCUGCAGAAUGAGUCAUGGCUUUUUUCAGAGAGGAUGCUGGAGGCAGCUGGGGGAGCAGGUGUUAUGGCUCUGUUUUUCCUGUUUCUCUCCAUCAUCGUCAUCACAGUGAGGUCCUGCAGGAAGAAAGCCACAAGGCCAGCAGUUGGCAUCAGGAAUAUGGUCAUGGAAGGUGCAAAUGUUGUCACAAGGUCAGUGUCUCAGGGUCCCCUGAUUGAAUCCUGGGCAGGCAGCCUUCCCCCAGAUGCAGCUUCCCCCUCCUCAGGGGAGGAAGAAGAGCUCCAUUAUGCACCCCUCAGCUUUCAUGGGACAGAGCCUUGGGGCUGGCAGGAACAGGUGGCUACUGGUAUCGAGUGCUUGGAGAUCAAGAUUCACAAGUAA